AGGUUCAUCAGCAACAUGGAACCUGGAAAUGCAACAGGCAUAUCCUACUUUUUCCUGAUGAGAAUAACCCAUGAUCCAGCAAUGGAGCCCCUCAUCUUUGGCCUUUUCCUGUUUACAUAUCUGGUCACAGUUCUGGGAAAUUUGCUCAUCAUCAUUGCUGUCAGCUCUGACUCCCACUUACAAACACCCAUGUACCUCUUUCUCUCCAAACUCUCAUUUGCUGACAUCUGCCUAAGCACAACCACCGUCCCAAAUAUGCUGAAGAACAUCCACACACAGGAUCAGAGCAUCAGUUACACAGGCUGCAUCACUCAGGCCUGCUUUGUUUUGAAUUUUGCUGUAUUAGAAAGCUGUGUCCUGGCUGCAAUGGCCUAUGACCGCUAUGCAGCUAUUUGUCAUCCCUUGAAUUACACAAUAAUUAUGAACCAAUACUUCUGUGGUCUACUAAUUCUAUCUUCCUUGAUAAUUAGCAUUGUGAACAGCUUAUUACAGUGUCUGAUGAUACUGAGGCUGUCAUUCUGUACAAACUUCGAACUUCCUCUAUUCUUCUGUGAACUUGCCCAGGUCAUCAAGCUUGCCUGCUCUGAUACUCUCAUCAAUUAUAUCCUGAUAUACCUGGCAACAUUUAUAUUUGGCGGCAUUCCAAUCUCUGGGAUAAUUUUCUCUUAUACUCGAAUUGUCUCUUCUAUUUUGAAAAUAUCUUCCUUGAGAGGAAGGUACAAAGCCUUUUCCACUUGUGGGUCUCACUUUUUAGUUGUAUCCUUAUUCUAUGGGGCUGCAGUGGGGGUUUACAUCUGCUCUGCAAUUGCUGUUUCACCUCAGAUUACUACAGUGUCAUAUAUGAUGUACACAGUGCUCCCUCAAAUGUUGAACCCCUUUAUUUAUAGCUUAAGGAAUAGGGACAUGAAGAAAGCCUUGGGGAAACUUAUCACAAAUGUAUCUUGUUUUCGGUAA